AUGGCAGGUUUUACAGAGAACGCAUUAAUUCGUAAACUACAAGAAUUGAAUUCUAGCCAACAAAGUAUUCAAACUUUAUCCUUGUGGUUAAUACAUCAUCGCAAACACCAUGCCGCCGUAGUUAAGACUUGGUUCAAAGAAUUGCUAAAAGCAAAAGAUACUAAACAACUCACUUUUAUGUAUCUUGCUAAUGAUGUCAUACAGAAUAGUAAAAAGAAAGGUCCAGAGUACGGAAAGGAAUUUGGAGAAGUGCUUGUUGAAUCAUUUCAACACAUGGCCAAGACAGGAAUUAAUGCAAAAACCAAACAUUCACUCCAUAGAAUAUUAUCUAUUUGGCAAGAGAGGGGAGUGUAUGAUGCUGCCAAGAUACAAGAAUUUAAAGAAGCUAUGGAUCCAAAUGACGCAAUUCCUAAAGUGAAAAAACGUAAAUCAUCAGACACUGAUAUCAAGGAGACUGAAAAGAAGCCAAAGUUGGAAAAUAAGGAAAACCGUGAAAGACGCCGCAGUGAAACAAAAGUGGAGGUUGAUGGCCAUAUAGAGACACACAUUACACUUAGCCCUAAAACUCCACCCGGCGACCCCCCAGAACCGGAGGAGUUAAUUAAGGCUUUAUUGGAAUUGGAAUCAAGUGCAUCAAGUGAUGAAGCAGUAAGGGAAAGAAUUGCUUCACUGCCCCCAGAAGUGUCGGAAGUGCAAUUAUUAUCUAAGUUAGAAGAUAAGGAAUCCGCAUUAAGCCUCAGUGCCAUAGUGAACUCAGCUGUGGAACUCUUAGCUGAAUACAAUCUAAGAUUGUCAGAGGAGUUAGAAAAGAGAAGAAAGGUUGCAGGCAUGUUAAGGGACUUUGCUCAAGCACAGCGAGAUCUCGCUAAGCAAGCGGAGGCUAGACUUGAGGAAUACAAUAUUAAACUACAGAAAAUCUAUGCAGUUAAAGCGGAAGUUAAAUCACACAUUGAGAAUCUGCCCGAUGUGUCGAGGUUGCCCGAUGUUACUGGAGGCUUGGCGCCUUUGCCCUCUGCCGGUGAUCUGUUCAGCCUCUGA